AUGGCUGGUGGCAACGCAGAACUGAGGGAAAAGGUUGCUGCAUUAGAGGCACUCGUCGGAACUAUUGAUGGGGAUCAAUUUCUGACUAUCGUGACUCGUCUCGCCUAUCUUGAGGCCGAGAUGAACAGGCUGAGCCAGGAGUGCACAGAUCUGAAAACAGAAAAUGNUGGCAAUGAUGAAGCACAGCGUGGGGCAGAUCGUACCAAGGUCAGAAUUCCGGAGCCUAAAGAGUUCAAUGGCGCAAGGAGUGCCAAGAAACUCGAAAACUUCCUGUGGGAUAUGGAACAGUACUUCCAUGCUGCCAAAGUGCAAGAUGAAGACAAGGUCCCCAUUACGACUAUGUACUUGGUGGACGAUGCAAAGUUGUGGUGGCGUACGCGCGUGGUAGAUGAUGUAAGUGCUGGUAGGCCGAAGAUUGACUCUAGGGAAGGGCUGAAGAAAGAGUUGAAGGAUCAAUUCUUUCCUAGCAAUGCGGGCUGGAUUGCUAGAGAUCGUUUGAAGAAGUUGAAACAAACUGGAACGGUCAGGGAUUACGUCAAAGAUUUUAGUUCUUUGAUGCUAGAUAUUAGCAACAUGUUUGAGGAAGACAAGCUGCAUAAUUUCCUUUAUGGGUUGCAGUCGUGGGCGCAAAUGGAACUACGAAGGCAGAAUGUGAAAGACCUUCCUAGUGCCAUUGCUGUUGCGGAUACGUUGGGUAAUUUUCGGUUGGGACAAGAUGGUUCUGAUUUCUCUACUACUUCAAAGUCCAAAAAUGGGAACAAGGACAAGACAAAAGAGUAG